AUGGGAGGAAUGGGAUUCCCAAACAUGGGCGGAAUGAACCCACAACAAGUUCAACAAAUGAUGAACAAUCCUUUCAUGCAAAGAAUGAUGACAGAAAUGCUUUCCGAUCCACAAAUGUUAGAUCAGCUCAUCAACUCAAAUCCAAUGUUACAGCAAAUGACCCAAAGCAAUCCAAUGUUGAGAACCAUGUUGAGCAAUCCCCAAUUUAUUCAACAUGUCAUGCAAUUGCAAGGAAUGAUGAAUCAAUCUCAAGGUGGUACUAAUACUUCGUCGACAACUGGAGGAAAUGUUUUCCUCAAAUGCCAAAUCCAUUCUUAUUUGGCAAUCCAUGGAUGGGUGGACAAAUGCCAACAACAACUGCCAAUACACAACCUCCACGAGAGCGAUUUGCCGCACAGCUUUCUCAACUCCAAGAAAUGGGCUUUUUGA